AUGUUUCGGGUCGAGCACGCGAAUACGAUUCGCCUUUAUUUGUCCCGCCUCCCGGUUUCCUCCCCCCGUGCCUUGUUUCUCCCCCCGCCCCGUUCCUCUUUUCCCCCAGUGGCGGCGCUGAUAGGGAUGCGCGUGGCCUUGGGAGUGACGGGGAUGCAGUGGUGGCGCACCAGCGGGAUUGGUUCACUUCUUCGCUCCCCCAACAACCCCUCUCCUCCCCCCAUCUCUCCGCUCCCGAUUUCCCUCAGUGGCGGCGCUGAUAGAGAUGCGCGUGGCACUGGGACGUUGGCGCUGAUAGAGAUGCGCGUGGCCUUGGGAGUGACGGGCAUGCAGUGGUGGCGCACCAACGGGAAAGUCGUGUGCGGCGCGUGGAUAGGCGUCGAGUGCGACACCAGGGGGAACGUCGUCUCCGUCACGGCUUACAACGUGAUCACCGUACCGGGCCUCCUCCCCAGCAGCUUCACCAAGCUCAAAACCCUCACCUACCUGUACGUGCUCUCUCCCUCGCCGCUCGGCCCUUACCUCUAUUUGUACGUGCUGAAAAAACCCUUACCAACCUCAAUCUCUCCUCCAAUCACCACAACGCGUCACUUGACCAAUCCGUUCCCCCCCUUGCUGCACCUCCCAUCUGACCGCCCCCUACCCCAUUCCCCUCUCCCCCCUCUCUCUCACCCUCCUCCCCCGCAGCGAUCUCUCCAAUCGUCUCAACGCAUCGCUCGACCAAUUCGCGCGGCCCUUGCGGCACCUCCCAUCUGUUUCCCUUUUCUCCUCCCCCUUCCUCCCCCUUCCUCCCACGUGUUUCCUGCUUCCCUCUCCCCCUCCCCCCACUCCUCUCCCAAACAGCGAUCUCUCCUCCAACCGACUCAACGCGUCACUCGACCAAUUCGCCCGCCCCUUGCUGCACCUCCCCAACCUCCGCGUUCUGUGAGUCUCCCCUCCCUCCCUUCCCUAGCCUUUUCCCUCUUCCCCCAUUUCGCUCCCCGCCUCAACCCAUUGACCAAUUCGCGCGGCCUCUGCUGCACCUCCCAAACCUCCGCGUUCUGUGAGUCUCCCCUCUCCUGUCCUCUUCCCUCCUCCCUUUUAGUCUUCCCUCCUCCCUUUUAG